AUGCCCGACAACACCAACAGUAAUAUCGAAGAGGGCACGCAGGUGUACCGACCAGGAGGGUUUCAUCCUGUUUAUAUCGGCGAUGUGUUUAAAGACCGGUACAAAGUCCUCAAUAAGAUCGGAUAUGGUGUCUAUUCAACAGUCUGGCUUGUCAGAGACCUACAGCCAGCACAACCUGGCAUUGAAAAUGAGUUCCGAGCUCUGAAGGUGCUCAGCGCAGAGUGCUAUGAUGGCACGCAAGCUCCCAUCUUCGAGCGAGAGAUCUUGACUCAUCUCCGGGACGGUGACCGCGAUCAGCUGGGUUAUGAGCACGUCUGCCAUCUGCUGGAUGACUUUGAGCAUUGUGGACCUAAUGGGAUUCACGUCUGCUUUGUUUUUGAGCUGAUGGGCGAGACGCUACGGAGCUUUGGUGUUUGGUUCGUCGAAAGCAGACUUCCGAACUCGGUGAUGAGGAGGUUCACCAUUCAACUCCUACUGGCGCUUGAUUUUGCUCACGACCAUAAUGUUAUUCAUACAGAUAUCAAACCGGAUAACAUUUACGUCAAAUUUAGGGACUUUUCCCUUAUAGAAUCCGGCUAUCUGGCCAAUGUUGCAAUUCCUCAAAAGGAUCGGUCUGAGGAACAGUAUUCAGUCGUUCCCUCAACACCCUUACGCCGCUAUUACUUCAACGAUACCGACAGUACGCGCGUCGCUGAAUUUGAUAUCACCCUCGGAGACUGGGGCGUCUCCAGCUGGGAAGACCGACAUCUCAGCGAGACGAUCCAGCCCGUAGCCCUCCGAUCUCCCGAAGUCCUGAUCCAGGCGCCAUGGAACGCGAGCACCGACUGGUGGAACCUCGGGUGCGUCGUGCUCGAACUCUUCCAGGCGGUUCGCAUGUUCAGCGGAUCAGUCCCGCCAGACGGCCAUUACGAGCUCAAGGAACACUUGGGGGAGAUUGUGGACCUGUUUGGGCCGUUCCCUAGGGAGCUUUUGGAGAGAGGAAAUAAGGACAUUGUUCAAGAUAUCUUUGAUGACGAUGGCCGGAUCAAGGACUCGUUGCCAAUGGAUCGGCCGGAGCUGGCGUCGGAAGCAUUUAUGCCAGGCCUCGACCAAAGCGUCAGGGAUGAGUUCGCCUCCUUUUUGCAUGCGAUGAUGAAGAUUAAUCCUGCUGAUCGGAUUUCGGCUGAGGGCCUCUUGCGACACCCCUGGUUAGAUGCACUUUAG